AUGAACUCCAAGCGCAAGAUUAAGGCUGCAAUAUCUGGAAUCAGAGAUGCUAGUGGGGAUGAACUCCACUCAGCACAUGAUAUGGCUAACCAACUUGGGAUUUUCUUUGAGAGCACGUUUGUAAAGGAGGAUCAGGCCUCAAUACCUGACCCACUACCCGGAGACAGCGCAAAGGAGACGAUUCCUGACCUGAAAUUCAAUACAAGUGAAGUUCAAGAUCAACUUCGUAAAGUUAACAUCUGGAAAUCCGUUGGACCUGAUGAUAUGCACCCCAAGCUUUUGAAAACACUAGCCGAAAACAAACAGUUUGCUGAUUCAGUCACAGCACUGUUCCAAAAAUGCUACAACGACGGAAAGAUUCCCGAAAUCUGGAAGCAAGCAAAUGUCACUGCAUUACAUAAAAAGGGGGAUAAAUCCCAAGCCAGCAACUAUCGCCCUAUUAGCCUAACGUGUGUUCUUUCCAAAAUCUUUGAGAGGUUUUUAAGAAACCAUAUUCUAGCUCACGUAUCCCCCAUGAUUGUGAAUGAACAACACGGUUUCCUACCAAAAAGAUCCUGCGUCUCGAACCUCCUGGAAUGUAUGGACAUUAUCAGAACCGUGCUGGGCCCCCUGCUCUUCCUGCUCUUCAUAAAUGAUCUCACUGAUGGAAUUGAGAGCUUCGUAUCACUCUUUGCUGACGAUCUUAAGCUAGUAACGAGCACAGCUAGGCACAGUGUUGCACAAGAUGAUAUACUGAAACUCAAUGCGUGGGAGAAGGAAUGGCUCCUAAGAUUCAAUGUGAAGGAUGGCAAGUGUAAGGUUCUACAUAUUGGGCGUAACAAUCCAAUGCAUGAGUACUUCAUGAAUGGGGAAUGCCUCCCCCAAGUGAAGUCAGAAAAGGAUCUUGGAGUUCUAACUACCAGAAACCUGGACUGGAGUGACCAUAUAGAUAAGUCCGUGAAAAAAGCAAAGUCUGUUAUAGGCUGGAUCAAACGAAGCUUGAUCUGCCGUAACAAAUUUGUUAUGCUAAAUGUCUACCGAACUCUAGUUCGACCUCACAUCGAAUACGCUGUGCAAGUGUGGAAUCUACCAGCAGAGCACGGAAACUGGAGGACUAUUAAAAAGAUAGAAGAUGUUCAGAGAGAAUUUACACGAAUAAUCGACGGGAUUGGUAUCCUACCAUACGACGAGAGACUGAGAAUCCUCCAGUUAACAACACUACUGGAGCGCCGUAUGAGGGGUGAUCUUAUUGAAACCUUUAAAAUAACGAAGGGUAAAGUGGACUAUGGACAAGAUCUUUUCAAGAUAUCACGUAGUGGUACCAAGAUCCUAAAAGAUAAAAGAGGAAAUCAGAGAAUCAGGUCCUCAGUAACCGGGUUGCCAAUUACUGGAACAAAGUACCAAGUUCGGUUAAAGAAGCCAGUUCAGUAG